AUGGCCCCUUACCUCGGUCUACGCGGCUCUGCGCUGAGCCGCGCAUUCAUCGGGCUGGUUGUCUUGCCGGCAUUCUUCUGCUACGGCUACAACCUCAGCGUUGCGGGCGGGCUCCUGACACUGGAUUCGUUUGUCCAGGCGUUUCCGCAGCUGGAUACCAUCAACACCGUGGGCGAAGAAUUGCGUCGCAACUCUACAAUACAGGGGACCGUGGUUGCCCUGUUCACGGUCGGCGGCAUGCUUGGCUCCCUAUCCUGCGUCUAUCUGGGGGACAAGCUCGGACGGAGACGAGUCAUUUUCGUCGCGUCAGCAACUACCGCCAUAGGCGCCGCCCUGAUGGCUCUGUCGUUUAGUCUUGCGCAGCUCAUCACGGCGAGAAUCGUCCUGGGCAUCGGCACGGGCGGGUACGUUGCCACGGUGCCCGUUUGGCAGUCAGAGAUUUCCAAGCCCAGCAAGCGAGGUGCUCAUGUCGUGACGAACGGCAUCUUUCUGGGCGCGGGAGCCUCCGUCGCCCUCUGGAUAGCCCUUGGCUUUUACUUCGUCAAGGGCACUACCCUCUCGUGGCGGUUUCCCCUCGGCUUCCAAAUUAUCCUGCUGGUCAUAACCAUGGUGUUUGUAUGCGUGCUUCCCGAGUCGCCGAGAUGGUUGGUGAAGCAGGGUCGACAUGAUGAGGCGAGGGCGAUUCUCGCCGCACUGGGCGACGUGGACCCAGACCACGAUGCUAUCACGCAGGAGAUCCGGGAUAUCCGACUUUCGCUGUCUGUGUGCGGCACCAUGUCAUGGAAAACAAUGUUCAGCAUGGGGAACCAGCGCAUGCUGCACCGGACGGCGCUCGCGGCCGCGGGACAAAUGUUCCAGCAGCUAUGCGGCAUCAACCUCAUCACCAUGUAUGCCACCACCAUCCUGGAGCAGCAUCUCGGAAUGGGUCCCGUCAAGUCUCGCGCCCUUGCCGCGUCCAUGUGCAUGACGCAGCCCCUGGGGGGGUUCUUCGCCUUCUUCACCAUUGACCGGCUGGGACGCCGGCGGCUGAUGCUCUGGAGCGCCGCCGGCAUGGCUGCGUGCAUGGCCGUCCUGUCGGGCACCACGAGUGCGCGAGACAACGCGGUAGCGCUCCUCGUCGCCAUCGUGUUCCUCUUUGCGUUCCAGUUCAUCUUCACCGUGGGAUACUCGGGCCUGACGUUUCUGUAUGCCGCCGAGAUUGCGCCGCUGCCGCUGCGGGCAGCCAUCAGCGCCGUUUCCACCGCCGUGGUCUGGGUGUUUAACUUUUUGCUGGCCGAGGUGACGCCCGUGGGCUUCAACACCAUCGGCUCGCGCUUCUACGUUGUGUUUGCGGUGCUCAACGCCGCCAUUGUGCCGACCGUGUACUUGUUCUUUCCCGAGACGAGCGGGCGUUCUUUGGAGGAAAUCGACGACAUUUUCACCCGGUCGAAAAGCAUUUGGGACCCGCCCAGGGUUGCGAAGAGCGUGCAGUCAAGCCCGGAGGGGGGUGCUUCACUGGACAAGGACGAGUCGAUUGGUCAGGCGGCAGCAUAG